ACGCUUGUCUUUACUCUCGCUCUCUCUUCCUCUCUCUAACUGCACGCUCUCUUGGCGCCCAGUAGUUAAUAUCUUUCCUCUCUCUCUAGGAUGAAUUCAAAUUGAUUCGUCAACGCACUGUAUUACUUUCUAGGGUUUCGAUUCGUAUCGAGGAAAGCUCGCAUUUUGAAAACUCCGAGAGGGAAGUACAAACUCUUUUCUUCUUGUUUGUAUCUUCGACAGUGCCUACACUCCUGUCCCCCUCCUCCCCCUCUCUCUCUUUCGAAAUUUGAAAAUUUUCUGAUUUUAGAUUCUAUUAUUGUUUUUCGUUGGCGGGGUGUCCGAUUUCAAUAUACAGAAGAGACUGCAAAAGUCCAACUUGUUGUCUAUCUGAAUGCGGAUUUGAUUUGUGAUUGCAACGCCAUUUCAAGGUAGUGAGCAGUUGGUCUUAGUGGCGAUGUCAACUGGAAAUGCUUAUUUUGAUGACAUGCGGAUUAAACCUGAGGUUGUUGAUCCUCCUCAAAAUGAAGACAUGAUGGAAAUUAGUGAACAUGUGAAUGAUACUUCUCAAAAUGAUCCGAAACCUAAUUUGGCUGUCUCUAGUGGUGUUCGUGAAUUGUUGGAAUGUCCUGUGUGCUUAAAUGCCAUGUAUCCUCCUAUCCAUCAGUGUUCAAAUGGUCACACAUUGUGUUCUGGCUGCAAGCCUAGAGUGCACAACCGGUGCCCCACUUGCAGGCAUGAACUUGGCAAUAUCAGAUGUCUUGCAUUGGAGAAGGUGGCUGCUUCACUUGAACUUCCCUGUAAAUAUCAGAGUUUCGGGUGCAUGGGCAUCUACCCUUACUACAGCAAGCUAAAACAUGAAUCCCAGUGUGUUUUCAGACCCUAUACUUGCCCCUAUGCUGGAUCAGAGUGCACAGUCAUGGGUGAUAUUCCUUAUCUGGUAACUCAUCUCAAAGAUGACCACAAAGUUGACAUGCAUAAUGGCAGUACUUUCAAUCAUCGUUAUGUUAAGUCAAAUCCACAAGAGGUUGAAAACGCUACAUGGAUGCUUACGGUAUUCAGUUGUUUUGGGCAGUAUUUCUGUUUGCAUUUCGAAGCAUUCCAGCUUGGGAUGGCUCCCGUCUACAUAGCAUUCUUGCGGUUCAUGGGCGAUGAUAACGAGGCAAAGAACUAUAGCUACAGUCUUGAGGUUGGAGGCAAUGGGAGGAAGAUGGUUUGGCAAGGGGUGCCUAGAAGCAUUAGGGAUAGUCACCGGAAGGUUCGUGACAGUUUUGAUGGUCUCAUAAUCCAACGCAACAUGGCUCUUUUCUUUUCAGGGGGAGACCGGAAGGAACUGAAGCUUAGGGUGACCGGUAGAAUUUGGAAAGAACAAUGAUUGGAUUCACUCUCCAACUUCUCACCCAUCGAGUUUACCUUAAUGGCGAGUAGAUUGGUAUUCCAUAGCAGCAGCGCAUGGAGUCUUCCGAUCAAUGUAUUCUUAGGAUUGUUGGAGGCAAACUCUCUUUGCAUUUCCGUCCAUCAAAUACAUAGAAUCGGAAUACUUGUGAUGCCUGCAAUGGUUACUGUUUUUUCCAUAGAUUUGUUAGAUUUAUGUGUUAGUAGUAGUCUAAAAAGUCUGGGUCUUCGAAGUGCAUGACCUGUUGUGUCGACGAGGUGUUUAUGGGGAAAGAAGAACUUUUGAUGUAAUUUAUCAUUGAUAUAUUGUUGAACCAUGAUAAAGUUACAUCAUUGUUGAUUCUUGGACUUUGAUUAAUUGCAAGUGCAGGAGCUUUUGAGUCAACGACGUGUUUAUGGGGAAAAGGAACUUUCGAUGUGAUUUAUGAUUAA